GGGCAGACAGUACAAAGAUGAAAGAAAAUACUCCUCGUUAUACACGUCACUUUCCAACCUUGAUUGUGGCGCCACUGUCCAUCUUGAGUGUAUGGCAGGCUCAACUGCUCGAACACGUACGUGACCCAUUCCAUCUGAAGAUACUUUUAUUCCACCAUGAAAACGAAAACCGAUACAACAGGGUGCUGAGUGAACAAGACAUCGUUAUUACAACAUACGGUACAGUGCGGAGUGACUUUAAUGGAGUUAAUGCUUUGCAAGGAGUUAAUUGGUUUAGAAUAGUUCUGGAUGAAGGCCACAAAAUAAAAAAUCCUGAUGCUCAGUGUAGCAAGGCCAUCUGUAAUCUUCUAUCCGAAAGAAAAUGGAUUAUUUCAGGAACUCCCAUUCAAAACAAGAUUGGCGAUUUGUUCUCUAUGAUUACGUUCCUGAAUAUUGACACAUUUAACGACUAUGAGCGAUGGGAGCGGGUCAUAGAAACACCACUUAAGUUUGGCGAUAUAAGUGCAAAAAGACGAUUAUACAAGUUGAUGAGUACUAUCGCUCUAAGAAGAACGAAAGGAACAAAAAUAGAUGGGAAAAGACUUGUAGACUUACCAGAAAAAAGUGUUCGAGUUAAAUAUCUUGAGUUUUCCAAAAAUGAAAAAGAAAUAUACAAUAUUGAGUUUCAGGAGUAUAAAAAUAGAAUUUGUAGGUUUAUAGAGAGAGGGAUGAUCCUUGAGGAGUUCCGUUACGUAUGUCGAGCUCUUGUUCGACUUCGGCAGCUUUGUUGCCAUCCGUCACUUAUUAAUCUUCAUUCCCAAGAUUUCAGCGGAAGUUUGAUGGGAUACGUCAAUUAUUUAGUGGAGCAAAAUCAAUACACAAAGCACCUUAUUUCAUUUCUUCGGUUUCCUCUAAACGAGUGUAGUAUUUGUCUUCAAACUCCUGACUCUCCAAUAAUAACCGUUUGCAAACAUGUGUUUUGUAAAAACUGCAUUCUACAACAUAUGUCUCAGAAUGGAUCUGAAUUAUGUCCAAACUGUAGGAAGCAGAUACAAAGAGAGUCGUUCUAUGAAAUACCACCCGACCAAAUUGAACUGCGGUUGAAAAAACCCGAACUAGACACGUGGAUAGCAAGUACUAAGACUACGGCAUUUCUUUACGACCUGAUAAAGUUACGGGAAGAUGAUCCUAGAGAAAAGGUCUUGGUAGUGUCAGAAUUUACAAAACUCCUGGAUCUUCUCGAACCGCCUCUGAGAAAUUUGAACUUCAACUUUGUUCGUUUUGAUGGCACAAUGACACAGAAGGCAAGGGCACGUGUAAUUGAGGUAUUUUCAAGCCGAAACGAAAACUCUCCAACAGUGAUGUUGCUUUCUUUGAAAGCUGGAGGAGAGGGCAUCAGUCUUGUAGCAGCAGCAAGAAUCUUUCUUCUAACACCGCACUGGAAUCCUGCCGCAGAAGAACAGUGCUUUGAUAGAUGUCAUAGAUUUGGACAGACCAAAGACGUCUUGAUUACAAAGUAUGUGGUCAAAGAUUCCAUAGAGGAGAGAAUUAUAGCUCUUCAAGAACAAAAAAGAAAGUUGGCAGACUGUGCGUUUAACUUCAAGAAAAAUUCCACCAGACUAAAUAUUCAUGAAUUAAGGACCCUGUUUGAUCUUUGAAGACAGUGGGUUUUUUUUCGAGUGAAAAUAUGUGAGAUAUUCGAAAGUAAGGCAUGGAUAGUGAUAUUUAUUUUUUACGAUAAUAAACCAUACUUUGAUUCCAACUGCAAUGGUAGUUUUUCCUAUUUUUAUG